AACCUUAGCCACAUCCAUCAAAUGUCAAAUAACUGUCACAACUAACAUAUGUUUAAUUGUUAAAAUUUAACAAUAAAUUGUUAAAAAUGGAUGAACAAAAUAUCCCAAUCGAUAUUAAUAAUAAUAAACUUCUGGACUGGUUGGUGAGUCGCCGCCACGUCAACAAAGACUGGCAAAACAGCAUUCUACAAGUGCGAGAAAAAAUCAACAGUGCGAUCCAGGAUAUGCCAGCUCAUGAAGGAAUUAUCAAAUUAUUAUCAGGCCAACACAUUAAUUAUUUCCACUGUUUGAAAAUAAUCGAGAUUUUGAAGGAAACUGAAGCGGACACUAAAAAUUUAUUUGGACGUUAUGGCUCCCAAAGGAUGAAAGAUUGGCAACAAAUCGUCUCAAUGUAUCAGAAAGACAAKAUUUACUUGGCAGAAGCCGCACAAAUUUUAAUCAGAAAUGUCAGUUACGAGAUUCCUAGCUUAAAGAAACAAGUAACAAAACUUGAACAAUCCCAAGCUGACGCUGAGAAGAAAAUCAAGGAUUAUUCAAAGAAUGAAGCCUUGGCCCUUAAGGAGUUUCACACGUCUUGUGAACAGUUGGGGAUCGCUGGAAAAAAUAUCAAAAGUGAGUUGCUUCAACUCCUACGAGAGUUACCCAAAAUUUACGAAAAUGCAGUUGAGAAAAUCAAGUUUGUAAAACCUGCAAUUGAGUUAUACACUGAGUUUAAUAAAUACUUGUCGGGGAAAGACAAGGAAGUGGAUGUGCUUCCCCUACUGAAAUUUGUAGUAGAAAAAGGAAACGCGACUACUUAUGAAUACACUUACAAUGAAAAACCGCUUAAAAUCGAGCUAGACGAUGACACUCCUGACAAGGUCACUGUAGAAGAAACUGAAAAUGAAGAACAGAUCGAUUUUGGCGAUAAUGAAAUAGAUUUCGGUGAAAAUAACGAUUUUGAACUUGAAGAAUCGAAAAUUGAUUGGGGAACCCCCAGCACCGAUGAAGAAUUCGAAAUUGUUGAGCAUACAGACGUUGAAUUGUCCCUAGAAGAAUCGGGAAUUGUGGUUGAGAAAUCUGGGAUGGACGGAGGGGUGGCUAGGGGCACCGACGCUCUAACUGUUCUCGACAACCCUAAAACACGAGAUCAAGUUAUCAAUGAAUUACUAGAAUUGGAUUCGUUUCUCAAAAUGCGUCUCUUUGAAUUAUCAAACGAUUCAGAUAUUUUAGCAAUGUCUCAAAUGCAAAAUGCACCAGCCACUCUCCAGAUGCAAACAGUCGAAACAAUAACAUCAAUGAGCGACUGUGUAAAUGUUGCUUUAACUGAACUAAUGAACAAGAGAACUUUGCAUUUACACAAUAUCAAACAUUCGCCCAAAUAUGUGGACAUUUUAACUGCGAAUUUAAAACAAAAAUUGACUUUAACCGGGAGGAUGAAACAAAGUAUCAGUUUGCUGAAAGAACAAAUUGAGAAGUAUCAAAGUGAAGUUAAGAAUUUUGAACCCGCCAUUAAGCUACUAAUUGAGAAAACAAAGCAGUUGCAGAAGGAAGUGCAACAGGAUAUUUCCAAGAGGUACAAAGGACGCGUUGUUAAUAUUGUCGGAGGUGUCAAUAUGUUGUAAAUAAAAAUUGAGCAAUUUUA